UUGUGUUAUCGUGCUACCUGGAAAGCAUAAGUCAUGGAAGCCCCUAUCUUAUAGCAAUCACUAGAUUUGUAUAUUUUAUCUUGAGAAAAUGUCUGACAUAUUGUGUCGAUGGCUGAAUUCAGAGCUUCGCCUGUCCAAAGUCAUUGAGCAGUCAACUAUUUCGAGAGACUUUUCAAACGGGUAUUUGAUCGGUGAAGUCCUGCAUAAGUUUGAACUCCAGAAUGACUUCGAGCUGUUUUCCAAGAGCAGCUCCUCAAAUGCCAAGCUCAACAACUUUACCCGGAUCGAGCCCACCCUGCAUCUGCUGGGGGUGCCCUUUGACCUGGCCAUGGCCAAGGCGAUGAUGCAGGCCCAGCCUGGGGCGGCGUCACGGCUCCUUUACCAGCUCUACAUCCUGCUGCAGAAGAAGAAGAAAGCCGGCCUCACUGGCACAGAGAUGGAAACCAUGCAGCCCGCCGCCACAGCUCGACUGCACCGGGUGGAAAAUAGCAUCUACACCAAUCGUCUUAAAACUGUGGUGAAGAGAGGGGCUGAACUCAAGAUGCAGAUGAUCACUGAACGCUAUGAGAUGAAAGCGCAGAAGAUGUACAACAAGUCAGUCUUGGCAGAUCUGGUGAAGGACCAGAAACGGCUACAGGAGCAAGAGCUGAUGCGACUUGAAGACAUAGAGAAGCACAGACUAGCUCGCAAGAAGCAACAGGAGCUGAUGAGCCGCAUCCUGACGGCGGGCCUGCAGAUCCCCAAGCCACCCCCAAACCGCACCCUCAAGGCCCUCCACAGGCAACGUCAGCAGAAACAGCAUCUCGAGGCCAAGAAUGUCCAACUGGAAAUCGCCCAGUUUGAGAAGAUCAGAAAGAAGCUGUCUCCACCUCCUCCAGACUUGAGUGGUAUGGAGGGGUCGUAUGACAUGAGCACGGCUGCUGGCCAGGUGCUGCACCACACGCUGAGCCCAGAGGAGAUGACCAAGGCCAAUGCCCAGUACAUCCAGAGAAUCCGCCAGAGGCUGGAGGAGGACGCGGCCGCACGCGAGCAGAGAGAGAAGAGACGACGACGGGUACUGGUGGAGCAGCUACGGGCACACGAGGCCCAGGAGGAGGCGCUGCGUGAGGGCCAGCUGGUGGAGCGGCUGAUGCGUCAGUCUCAGCACGAGAAGAGGCUGGCGGUGCAGCUGAUGCAGGUGCGGCAGCAGAAGGAGGUGCUGCGGCAGAACCGCAUCCAGCACGAGAGGCAGUUCCAGGAGCAGCGCCUACGUGACUUCCAGGAGGCCUUAGAUAGGGAAGCGGUUCUAGCGCAGCAGGCCAAAGUGGAGCGGGCGGAGGAGGCCCGCAGGGAGAUGGAGCUCCACGACCGGCUGGCGGCCGAGUGGGCCCAGGCGCGCUACAGGAAACACUACAACUUCUGCAGGGAGGUCCUGGAGCAGGUGGUGGACCUUGCCACGCGUUGUGGAGAGUACCGCCUCUUCACAGCAAAUCUGGUCCCAGGUAAGAUGAUGCGCGAGUGGAAGGAGCUGUUCUACAGUGGGAAGCCGCUGUACGAGCUGGCGUGUGUGGACCCCGUGCCUGAAGAGCCCACUCCAGAGCAGCUACUGGAACUGGAGAAGGAGGAGCUGCUCAAUGACCAGGACUUUGAGGACUAUGUGAGCAUGUCAGGUGAAUGGGCUUGGAAGGAGGACGGGCAACAUAAAUCUCCGCCGACCAACAAUGACAUCUUGGGCCAUGUGGUGUAUCGGCUGCAGAACAUCGUUAACCCGCCCAAGCCGGGCACCCCGCCCCCCCUCUUCCCCCGCUUCACGCUCCGAGCCUGCGUCCUAGGGAAAGUGCUGUCCGGGAAGACCAUGUGCCUGACCAAGAUCGCACAAGUUCAUGGCAUCCAUGUGCUGUCCCCCACGGUUCUCAUUCAGCAAGCCCUCGCUGCGUAUAAGGCUGGACACACUGAAGAGGAGAAAGAGAUUGAGACUGUCGAGAGUACCGAUUCCAUUGACAUGAAUGGGGAUGUGCCAGAGAAAGAGAGUGUGAAAGAGGUCCUCGCUUUAUCUGACUCAGAUGAGAAUGCAAAGCCGGAGGGAGCUUCACAGAAAGACCUCGUCACUUCUCAGAUGUCCAUGAGAGCGCAGCAUGGAGCAGCAGUGCAGAGGAUCCUGAGGAAGGGGAAAGCUGUCCCCAAUCCCCUCCUAGUUGACAUCAUCGUUGACGCCAUCAGGGAGGUGCCCGCUGGGUGCGGCUGGAUCCUGGACGGCUUCCCAAUGAACGUGGAGCAGGCCAAGCUCCUGGAGAUGGCCCUGAGCGGCUCGGACCCCAACAAGAAGCCGGGCAAGGUCCGCAGGACCAGCCUGGCGGUGGACAUGAAGAACGCCUCCCAGGAGGCACCACAGCGGCCCAAGGUGCUGGACCUAGCGCUCCUCAUGGAGGUGGCCGAUGACGUCGUGCUGAGCCGCGCCGCCCAGCAGGACACUACAGUGGAAGGCUUACCUGCACAAGAAACCGAACAGAGUCAAGCACUUGAGGGAGACGAGUCCACUGAGGCUCAAGAACAGCAAGUCACCUCCAGCUCUGACUCCACCCUAAACCAGCUACAACAUUGCUUAACAGGUUUUCAGGACAGCUGGCCCAAACUGGAGAAGUGGCUCUCAGCCAAGGAUAAAAACAUCCUGGUAAGGCUCAAUGCUCAAGAAGACACAGAGACGGUCUUCAAACAGCUCGAACAAAUUCUCCACGAGACCAUGACAGCCAAGGAGAAAGCUGAGACUCCGACACUAGUGCAGUUGACGACGUCGGCCCCGAUCCUGGUGGCUGUCUCUGCGUCCGAUACCACCACCUCUGCCUCCCCGUCUGCACUGGCACAGGAGGCAGCUAGCAACAAGCGAUCACGAUCCAAGUCCACCGGCCAGUCUCCCAGAACAUCCUAUAGUUACCUUGAGGGAGUGAAAAAAUCAACCCUUGAGGUGAAAGACUCACGCCGGCAGCUCUCAGGAAACGCUCUUGCAGCGGGGCGAAGGCACUCUAUACUGUCGUCUACGGAGAUGUCGCUGGGAGAGAACGGCACUCGACCCACCUCCCCAGCCGCUGUGCCUGGGUCAGCCGACUGGGUGUACGUGGAUGAGCCUGUGCCCAAGGAUGUGUCUGACUAUUUGGUGCCCUACUGGGACAAUGUAUGUGACGCGUACGUGCUGAACGUGAAGUCAGUGAUGCAGAACUUGCGUCGGGAGAGGAACCUGAUCAUCCAUCAUCUACACAAUAUCCGGGAUGAGUUUAAGCUGUACCUGCGGCGUCCGGACCUGAAACAGGAGUUUGUGAACCAAUGGCAACAGGACCACAACGGCAUCACAGAGGACAUGAGGGAGGACGAGGAGACCAAGGCAGAGCUGCACCAGCGCCUAGAUGACUUGCGUGAGCGUUUGUGGGACAUCUGUGACCGGCGUAAGGAGGAGGCGGAGCAGGAGCGGGCGGCGCUGACGGAGGACGGUUGGCUGGAGGACCACACCUCCCUGCUCAACAACCACUUCUGCUCACUCAUGCAGGUGGAGAUUGACAGGUUCCAGGACAGCAUGCGCGUGCUGCGUGACUACUACUACAGCAUGGGGGGCUCGGGGCUGCCCGUGGGGCCUGACUUCACCGUCAUCCCCCUGCUGGACAUCGUGGAGGAGGAGGAGGAGGUGGCCGAGGUCACCGACAAGUCCCCACGUUCCCCACCCUCUGACAAGACCAGCAGAAGUGUCACAGAUGAACCAGAAGAGAAAAAGGCAGAGGAGAAAAAAACUAAAAUUGUCCCUCUGAUUCCUAGGAGGCCCGCGACAGCAGACUCGACCAAGCAGAAGGGCACAUCACAAGUUGAUGAGAAGAUGCUCAAUGACAUCUAUCAGGCUGCCAUUACCGCCAUCAAUAACCUGAUGCAGGCGGAGAUUCAUCAGCAGGAGCUGGAGGAGAGUAAAGACCAGCGGGCGGUGGAGAGGGAGAGGCAGCUACGCAUGUCACAGGCCUCCGCAGCUGCCAACUCAGCCAAGGACAAGAAGAAAGGAGGAGCCAAGAAGAAACCCCCAUCUCCAGUGCAGGAGCCCAGUCCCCCCCCAGCUGCUGACGCGCCGGAUGCCCAGAAGCUGGCCAUCAGGGCCAAGAUACGUCAGGAGUACAUGGCCGCACUACAGCAUGAAGAGAGUGCAGUGAAGCAGCGUGUGGAGCUUGUGAGGCAGCAGGCGGUGGAGACGGUGAAGAGCCUGCAGAGCAGAGCUGAUCUCACCUACAGACGGCUGGAGGAGUGGCUUAGCGCCCGCUUCAUAGCAGAGAUGGCCAGCAUAGACCAGCUGGCCGAGGUGGUGCGCCACCACAUCGAGUCGGCCUCCAAGAUCCAGCACGAGCUGGUGCUGUCCUGUAAUGACUUCUAUUUGGACGGAGACCUGCGUGUGUUGGCCAGCCCCAGCCCCCCUCCACGCCCGCUCCCCAGGGAGAAGGCCACAGACAGCACCCUCACAAUCCUCCAGCUGCAGGACUUCUACAACCAGAUGCUCAAGGUCGCCCCCUCAGGCAUAGUGACCAGCAGUGAGUUCCAAGACAUCCUGAAGGAGAUGACCUCCAUGAACGUGGGGGACAGUGACCUGCCAGAUGCCUGGAUGAACAUCUCAGAGGCUCAGAUGCUGGAGAUGGCAAAUGUGCUGGCGCAGGACUCUGAGGUGCUGGACUGGCGUCUGUUCCUGCUGUCUGCAGCGCUGCCUUGGCCUCUGGCCUCCAAGCAGCAGCUGCUGCAGCUCCUGACCAGCUACCAGACUGCAGACCCGCAGGCCACCGGCUACAUCACACAGGAGCAGUACAUGCAGACUGAGCUGUGGUUUGGCACGGAGGACUCUGAAGCCGUUCCUGAGGACCCCUCUGAGCCUCUACCCUACAACAGACUGGCCAACUUGAAGAAGUUCUUCUUCACGUUGUUUGCUGUGCCUGGCUCGUGCCCAGCGCGCCUGGACUACCUGAGGAUGCUGCUGGGUCUGGCGGCCCACAGGGACCCGGUCCAGGGCUUCAUCCGCGCCCUCGGCCUGCUCACCGGACAGCCCCUGCACUGCCAGCGCAAUCUCAGCCCCCUGAUCAAGUCUGUGCUGUACCUGGGCGAAGAGACUGAGGAGGUGGUGAAGGCCGAGGAGGAGGAGGAGGAGGAGGAGAAGGAGGCAGCGAGCCCGGUGGAGCCAGACGGGGGAGGUGGAGGGGGAGACGGGGUGUCCCUGAGCGCCCUGCUGGACACACUGUGCCCCCAACACCACAGCACAGCCGCCAGCCACGACCGCCUCUACCCCAGCCAGCGGAGCAGGGACGAGUACAAGGAGGAGCUGCUACAGGUCUAUAAAGAUCUGGGUCUGGGUGCGGAGGAGAGGGCUCCCUUCUCACGGCUGGCUCAACAUCCCUGGAUGCAGAAUGUGAUGGAGAGCCUCCCUCUAUACCACCUCCCUGAUAUCCAUAGGAUCCUUUAGGACCUCAGCAGUGUGAAGAGGGGGGACCGAUCAGGAUCCCUCAGGUCAUGAACUACAGACGUCAUAUUUUAAAAACACCCGGAGCCCACAAAUAAAGUUGGUUAUUAUUCUAUAUAACACGUACAAGAUGCUGUGUGCACACUACAAUUCAGUAACAAGACAAAAUCAUCUCUCUCGGGCCUUAAUAAACUUCAUUCAUGCAGUCUGCAUAAUGCCAUUAUAAAAAACAUGUUUUUUGGGGAUAACUAAAAAUAUUGGUGCAUUGGUGCAUAACAGCAUUAUCUGUGAAUGGUGUGCAGUUCUGAGGAGAAUACAGGUCGAUAGUACAUGGCUUAGAUAUAUUCAUUGAGACACACACACACAUACACACAUGCACACACAUACGAGCACUGCACAAUCUCCUGUCCCAUACCCCAUUCCACAGUCUGAAUUGGCUCCACAAAUGCACUCAAAGCCCACAUUUCCUCUACGUUUGUUAAGUCUGAUGUGGUAUAGCCCGUUAAGACACAGCGUUAUGAAUUUGCUGUUACCAGGAUGGUAAUGACCAAGUCGUAGUGCGUUACUUAAGGCCCUGUGUUAUGUUAUGGUAUUGUAGAACUAUGUUACUUCACUGUUCAAUGACUAUUACAGUGUGCCACUGGAGGUACGGUGUGCAUUAAGGGGCUACGACCCCGUUUAGGCGUUUUGUGUAAUUCCAUCUUGAUUUAUGAUGAUGUAACAUCUUUUUAGGCACAUGUUGCCAAAGCACAAUUUAAAAUGUAAACAGGUAAACUGACAAAAAAUAUCCCUUUAUCCACAUAGCAAACAUACAGUACGUUCGUUCGUAUCAAGAAGUCCAUAUAUUUAAUUCACUAUCACUUGUACAAAUAGACACUAAUGCGGCUUAUAACCAUGCUGUCACUAGCAAGUAUAUUCAAUGCUUUGUGCUUUUGACUACAGUUCUCAUUGUGGUUUCAUGUAAUCAUGCCCCAUGUUACCAUACGAACAUCUUAAUUCUGCAACGAUGAAUGGUUUCAAUAAAAUUAUCCUUUAUGGGUACUUCA